AUGAUGACUAGCAGCCCGAACCGGGCGCCUUUAUCCACCUGCUCCGAGUCAGGCUAUCAAGGCCACCUUAGCUUAGGCGACGGACUCCUGGCCUCGCGCGACCAUCGCCCGACACACGCCUCUCUCUUGCAAGUGAUCUUUAACAAGGGCUCGUACAACUCGCACCUUAUCUCUCUCGGCGCCUUCCUCCCUGGCGAUCUGAUCACCGCGUUCGCACCGCAUGCAGACUUGGCUAGCACUCGAUCCUACUCGACUGUCCAGACGGGACCUUGGACACAUAUUGAACUUAACUCGGACCUGCUGUAUUGCAACCAUAGCUGCGAUCCAAACGUAGCUUUUCUCAUCGGAGAUGCGGAGGAUCAACAGAGUUGGAAAGCAAAAGCGAUCAACAAGAUCAACAAGGGCGACACAUUGACGUUUUGUAAGCAAGCCAAGCCUACGCUAUCCAAUCCGAUCUCGAGUCAAGGAUGGAGAAAGAAGACUGACAUGCUUCCUUCCAUGUGGACGGUGCCCGCGUUGCAACAGUCUAUCCAUCAACCGAAUGGCACAUGUCUCAGCCAUUUGAUUGUACAUGCGGCCAUGAGGCCCUCUGUUUGGGAAAGAUUGAUGGUGCCCAUUCCAUCCCACUUUCUACCUUGA